GGCAGCAAAUAUACACAACCUGGAUCGGCCGCCUUUUAUUAGAAUAAUAAACGUAAAGGUAAAAUAUCAUUUGUGGCCUUGAGAAGUUUCAAAAUGUAGAUUUCAGUGAAGCACAGCAGCAGCAGCAGCAGGCGUCCGCUCACCGCUAAUGAUUUAACAGAUUCUGGACCCGGAUCCAAAUGAAAAGGUUCAGAGGCAUCAAGACAAUGAUGACAAUAACCUUAAUAAGAAACUAGCCAGGAUUUGGACCAAGUGAAAAAUACACCGGUUGACGCCUGCUCGGCCUCGGAGGAGCCAGAGCGUCUGAGGACUCGUCGCCCCACUUGAGACCAGAAGCACCGAACACCCAUAAACUGAGAGGGGAGCUCCUCUUACAGCUGUCACAUAAAAUUAGACCCCCACGCAGUCGUACUGCAGCCUCCAGCAGGACAGGACAGCUGAGACAGAUCCUGCAGGAGAUGGACCCCAGCUACAGAACCAGUCUGUACUUUGGAAGUUGUACAAGAUGCAGUGAAGCAGUGUACGGAGCCGGGAGAGGCUGCCGGGCGAUGGGACGUUUAUUCCACGACACAUGUUUCACCUGCAGCGUUUGCAGUAAAAAGCUGAGUGGCCAACCAUUCUACACAGUGUCGGGAGGAAUCUACUGUGAAAAUGACUUUUUGUACUCAGGAGUUCAUCCAGCCCCAGAGGUGUGUAACAGCUGUGGGUAUUUAAUCAUGGAUAAUAUGGUCCUGCAGGCCCGUGGGAGGUCCUACCACCCGUCCUGCUUCCGCUGCGUGGUCUGCAGCCAGAGCCUGGAGGGUCAGCCCUUCUCUGUGGACUCAGACCGCCGGGUCUACUGUGUCAGCGACUACCACAGGCUCCGGGCCCCCUGCUGUGCCGCCUGCAGAACACCGAUACUGCCAAAUGAGGGGUCUACAGAGUCUAUAAAAGUGGUGUCACUAGACAGAAGUUACCAUGUCGAGUGUUUCAGUGGAGACGUGAACCUCAUCUAA